GUCACACGGCUGCGCGACGGUCCGGCUUUUGUUGUAACUCGACGGAAGAAAGAAGAGCACCUGCUGAAGCGACUGAUCUCCACCUGACACACUAUUAUAGAGAUGGAGUUCAUUAAAGAGGAGAGCGAAGACGUGAAGAUUGAAGAAAUAACAGUCAAAUAUGAAGACCCUGAGGAACAAACAGACAUGAUGGUGUUGAAAGAUGAGAGUCAGGAACUCAGUGAAACGGAUGAGAAAAAUCUGUUGGAGAGCCAAGAAUCAGAGACUGUGGAAAAAUCCACAAUGACUGAGAAGACUUUCUCACCCAAAACUGAAAAGGCAGAUUCGAACGGUGAGUUCACCUGCCGCCAGUGUGGAAAGAAUUUCACAAAUAAGCAAAACCUCGAAGUCCACAUGAGGAUCCACACCGGAGAGAAGCCCUUCAGCUGCCGACACUGCGGGAAGAGCUUCAACCAAACUCAAAACCUGAAAGUGCACAUGAGAGUUCACACCGGAGAGAAACCCUUCAGCUGCCAACAGUGCGGACAGAGUUUCACACACAAAGGAAACCUCAACGCCCACAUGAGGAUUCACACCGGCGAGAGCGCCUUCAUCUGCAGUCUGUGUGGGAAGAGCUUCUCCAGGAAGGAGAGUCUGAACACUCACAUGAACGUCCACACCGGAGAGAAGCCUUGCAUUUGUGCUCAAUGCGGAAAGAGAUUCAGUUGUAAAGAAACUCUCAAGUUCCACAUGAGGAUCCACACCGGAGAGAAGUGCAGCGUGUGCCAUCACUGCGGAAAGAGUUUCAACCAUAAGCGAAGCCUCAACACUCACAUGAGACUGCACACGGGGGAGAAGCCCUUCAUCUGCUCUCAGUGUGGGAAGAGCUUCACCACCAAAGGAAACCUGGAGGUGCACAUGAGGCUUCACACCGGAGAGAAGCCCUUCACGUGUGUUCAGUGCCAGCAGAGUUUUACAUAUCAGAGGGACCUGAAAAGUCACUUGCAGACUCAUUCUUGAAGGAAAUAGUGAGGAUGGUGAUGUUUAUAUACUUCUGUUUCAAGUGUACUUGGAUGAUCUGGUGCUGCCUUCGCACAGUUGCAUCGCCUUCGCUCUAGCCUGAUACGCACAAUGUAAUUACACCUUAUGGCAAUGCGUCGUGCAAGAGCUGUAAUUGGUCAGAAUGGUAGCGAUGAUAGGUGUGGGCGGAUCCAAGAGACAUAAGGGAGGAGCAAGCCUGGUGGCGCAAGUAUUAAACAAGUGACGAGUUCUGUGGAGGAGCUCCUGAUGGAUACUUUUGGUUAGCGUUUACUUGAUGAUUCAAUUGUUGCAACUCCAGGUGUGGCAUGGCGGCUCAGUGGUUAGCACUGUCGCCUUACAGCAAGAAGGUCACUGGUUCGAGUCCUGGCUGGGUCAGUUGGCGUUUCUGUGUGGAGUUUGUAUGUUCCACCUGUGUUGGCUUGGGUUUCCUCCGGGUGCUUCGGUUUCCCCCACAGUCCAAAGAAAUGCGCUGUAGGUGAAUUGUGUGUAUGGGUGUUUCCCAGUACUGGGUUGUGACUGGAAGGGCAUCCGCUGUGUAAAACAUAUGCCAGAAUAGUGGUCCGCUGUGGCGACCCCUGAUAUGAAAGGGACUAAGCCAAAGGAAAACGAAUGAAUAAAUGUUGCAACUCCGCUAGUUCCCGAGUUUGAGCUACGUCAAAGAUUAGAUUACGUCAGUAGAUAUACAGAGACUGUUCACUGGCAUUACUAUGAAUGGGGAAAAGUGCAACACUCAGGAUGACCACCUAGCGAAGGAAGUCCCACCUUCCAGUCAAAAUGGCCAACUGUCAGUUUUUAUAGCUAUGCUGUUUUGUGGGGGAGGGGUCUGUAGAUAUUCGUUUGUUUGUUACGCCAAACCCUGUCGUUUAGUGACUAUUUUGUGCCUGCAUUAAUUUUGACAGAAGAAAAACAUCACAUAUCAUGCUCUUCCAGCGUCGUCCUUUAGUCUUCGCUCAAGUUUUAUCUCUGUCCUUUUAAGUCCAUGUGAACCGGAAACUACGACUGUUUAUUUUCGUAUUGAUACACUGUUCCUAGAGAAACAGAAUAUUAAAUGAGGUCGGCGCCAGUGGUGUAGUGGUUAGGGCGUCAACACAUGCAGUCCGGUGCUCACGGCGACCCGAGUUCAAUUCCUGCCUCGCGGUCCUAUGCCGAUCCUCCCCCUUUCUCUGCUCCCCAUGCUUUCCUGUCAAAACUCUCUACUGUCCUAUACGAUAAAAAGGUGAAACCCCCUAAAAAAAAUUAUUUAAAUGAGAAGACAGUGGGCGUGGCUUGUUUUUUAUACUGUGAGCUGAUUGGACGUAGUAAAGUAGGCGUUUCAUUCAGAAAGGGUUUGAAGAGAGUUCUUACAGCAGACUCCUCCUCACCAUUUCCGUUGGUUGUCAAAAUUACAGCAGAAGGGGCGUGGUUAAGUAUGUUAGACCCGCCCACUACCUCAAAAUCAUGUAAUCUGACAAGUUAACUGAAAAAACCGGAAGUGCAUUUUCCGAUUUUGAUUAAAGAUUAAUAAAGGCAAACUUACUUUGUUCUUAAUGACAUGCACAGACGAAUUCACCACAAAACUAGCAAGGUGAGCUAAGAAAAUCAUACGGUUAGUUUUGGAACAACAGUAAUGCAGCUGGUCAGCUCAGAUUUGGUUGUUAAUUUGAACUAUGUAAUUUUUCUAUGCAAGUAAGCAGAUAUGGAGAUUUAAGGAUGGCCCAUUCAUUUAGACAGGAGUUUGGUUUUGGAUGUCUUGCCCGAGGGCUUUGGAAAUAUGGCCGCGGAGUGAGCUGAAUGUUGACUACUUCUACAGUAAGUUAGCAUUUCGCGCAUUUCUGGUGUAAACUUAAAACACCCGUGAAGAAACUCAACACGGAGGAUCAUAGAAACCUUUGCCAGCUAGCAUUUUGAGAGCGCUACUGUCAGAGGAACACAAACAGACCACAGAAGUAUAAAUGCACGGCUACGUGAAACACAUGCGCUGUGGGUAACGGCGAUCACUCGACACAGAAGUAUAAGGUGGUAAGAGUUUUAUCCAAUGACAGGCAGUUUGUACUGUAAUCAGAGCUCUUGUGAAAUACUGAAAACACUGUAUUUUAAACUGUACAUGUGUAAAUGAACACAGUGCCACUCUUUACAAUAAAGGGAAGCUGUCAUUCAAUUUAGCACAUGACCAAAACACAAUUACUGAAUGUAAUCUUCAAAAUUCUUCUUCCACUGAGUGGUAUGGUUCAAUAUGGUACAGUUGAAAGCAGAAGUUUACAUACACUGUAUAAAAAGGCACAUAACCAUUUAAAAAAAAAAAAGUCAAAUGCUAAUAUGACUAAAUUUUUUCUCUUAGGUAAGUUAGGAUAAUCAAAUUUGUUUCUGUUCUGACACUGGGAAAAAGACUAAUUUUUAGAGACAUGUCCUGUGGUCUGAUGGAACUAAGAUUGAACUGUUUGGCCAUAAUGACCAGUGUUACAUUUGGAGGACAAAGGGGAAAGCUUACAAGCCUAGGAGCACUAUCCCAACUGUGAAGUAUGGGGGCGGCAGCAUCAUGUUGUGGGGCUGUUUUGCUGCAGGAGGGACUGGUCCACUUCACAGCAUAGAUGGCAUCAUGAAGAAAGAACAUAAUGUAGAAAUACUGAAGCAACAUCUCAAGACAUCAGCCAGGAAAUUAAAACUUGGCCACAAAUGGGUCUCCCAAACAGACCAUGACCCUAAGCAUACUGCCAAAUUAGUUCAAAUGUGCUUUAAGAACAUCAGAAUGAAUGUUUUGGAGUGGCCAUCACAAAGCCCUGAACUCAAUACUAUAGAAAAUUUGUGGGCAGAAUUGAAAAAGCUUGUGCGAACAAGACAGCCAACAAAUUGACUCAGUUACACCAAUUCUGUCUGGAGGAAUGGGCCAAAAUUCCUUUAAACUAUUGUGAGAAGCUUGUGAAAGGAGACCCAAAACAUUUGACCAAAGUUAUACAGUUUAAAAGCAAAGCUAAAAAAAUACCAAGGAAAUGUGUGUAAUCUUUUGACUGUCUAGAAAUCAAUAAAAAGUUAUGUCAUCAUUCUGACAUUUAGCAAAUGUAAAUCAUUUAGGUAAUCCUACCGGACCUAAAAUAGUAAACGUUUAGUCUGAUUUACCAUCAGACAUUUAAAUAAAAAUGGUUAUGUUCCUUUUUUUAGAGCGAAUGUAAACUUCUGGUUUCAACUGCAUCUCCAUUUCCACUGUCAGAAGUAGAGCUGCAUGAAUAAUUGAAAUUAAAUUGAGAUUGAGAUUCAGCAAAUGCUGCACUUCUCAUGCAUAUGACAUUUGGGAAACGCGGCUCUGUGAACAGCAGUAAAUCUCCAAAAGCCAGAGGGCGCUCUCAUGUAGAUGACAGAGUAAAUCAGACAGAGCAGAGGGUUUAACUGCUUUUAUUGAGUCAUUGUGACUAAUAAACACACGACUGCAGAAUCAUCUCACAGAUGAUUACAGAGCCGGCUUUACUGACAAAAUGUGCAUGAGGAUCACUUUCAAUUAGUCAUGUGACCUUAGUCGGAAGUACUAAAAUAUCAAACCAUAGCACUUUCAUAUGGAUAUCAAGAACAACAGUAUGGUACUAAAAGGUGCAGCUAGACUUGAUGCUGAACGCUGAUUGGUUUACAGAGGCUCGUCGCAGUGCUUGUUAUAACCCAAGCCCUAAUAUCUUGCAUACUGCAGGAUUUUAGACCUGAUUUAUACAGGUAUGAACACAGCAGAAACAGAACACUACACCCCAGAUGGUCAUGCAGUGUGAACAUGGCAUUACUUUAAGUUUGUAGGUACCGCUUCCUUCCUUUUGGCUCACCUGGCUGUUAUUAUCAUCUUGGCAUUCCUGUCCAAUCACACCUUCUGUGGAGACUGAGGUUUAAAAGGCAGUGUCAUAGUAAGGAAGCUGGGACUGGUGUAUGUACGUGUGUUUGUGACCACAUCUGUUGUUUCUACCUCCUCCCGUUGAUUAAACUCUGUAAAACUGCUCACUUAUCGUUGUUCUAAAAAUAACCCACACGUCUUCUUAAAGGGAUAGUUCAGCCAAAAUGAAAAUUCGGUUAUUAUUUAGUCACCCUUCACCUGUUCGAAAUUUUGUAAGUUCUAAAUAUCUUCUUUCAAGAGUUCACACUUAGCUGAUGAUUGAUUAUAAAGCUUGUUUGGCAUGCUGUCACAGGAGAGAGCCCUGAGCUCAUAAGAUCCUCGAGCCCGGGGCUCCCUCCCGUUUGCAAGGCGAGAGGGGAGUUUGAGCUCAGGUAGAUCUCGAGAACUCCCCUGCUGUAGUAGCUAAUGAACAGAUAGUGAUUGCUCUUAAGAGAUAACUACUUACUAGGAGCAUGUCUAUGUUGCCGAUUUGGAUUAGCCAGUUAAUUUAAGUUGCAUGUUUUUGGACGGUGGGAGGAAACUGGGCAACCCGAGGGAAACCCACGUGAGCACGGGGAGAACUUGUGAACUCUGCACAGAAACGUCUGCUGGCUUGCUAAGAACUAGAACCAGUGACGUUCUUGCUGUGAGGCAACAGUGCUAACCACUGGGCCACCGUGCCACCCAUCUAGGAAAGAAGGUGGAGUAGCGGUGGAAGGGGGGAUUCUUCAAAACAAAGAUGGCUGUGAUAUGGAACCUGGGGUAUUUAUAGUGGCUUAGGAAUCGUCUGAUUGGUGAAUCAUAAAUUGGAUGAUGCGGGACCAGCUGUGAUCAAUCAUAAGCACGUGAUCCUCUCGAAAUUAGCUUAUAAAUAAGAUUCGCUUUGUGUUCAAUAGAAGAAAAAAAGAAAAUCAAACCGGUUUGAACAUGUUAAAGGUGAAUAAAUCAUGGCAGAGUUUUGUUUUAGAGUGAACUAUCCCUUUAUUUGCAUUUACGAGCUGGAAGAAGCGGAACAGCGUCAGUAAGUUACUAAAGCUCCACAUAUUUGCACUCUGAGUGUUUUGAUGCAUUAGAGACACUAGUUUAGUGGUUUGCGCUUCUUUUGUAUGUUUAGUUUUCAUAGUUUGAGUAGUCCAGAACAGGUCUGUGUAAAUAGUUGGUUAUUUGGGAGCAAUAAAUCUUUCCGGUGCUAACUUUGUGUCCUGUUUACCUUUGCCACCUAAUGUAGACUAAUGUUCCGUGUUGUGAUGACCAUGUUCCGUACACUUUCCGCUCUUCAGCGCACUCAAACGACCACUCCUCCGUCAUUGAAAGCCAGAUAAGCAUGUUUGUGUGUUCAUUCUCUGGGUGAAUACCUAUUGCACAAUCCAAAUUUUGAUUGAUGUCUUUUGGACCAGUAGUUUCUGAGAAAAGAGGGGAAAAGUACCGCCUCCGCAUGUGUGGAGACGGCAGGCCAGAAUCACGGUGGCAGGCCAGAAAGACCUUCAGGCCUCCCAAUGGCGAGUCUGCCGCUGACAGUAUGAAAGCCAGAAAACUGAGUUAAACCCUGUCAUCGCUGUCAACUCUGCCCCACGCCACAAGUCUGCCGAAGUACACGGUGAGCCACUGGAGAAACUGGUUACAGCAGAAAAGCCAUUCAUCUGGAGAACGAGAAGCGACUGAUUAUAAAGAUGGCGUUUAUUAAAGAGGAGAGCGAAGACGUGGAGAUUGAAGAAACACUGAACGUCAAACAGGAAGAAACUGAAGAACAAAUAGAUGUGAAGAUGCUGAAAGUGGAGAGCAAAGUUCUUGAUGAAGUGGAAGAGAAAUCAUUUAGUUGCUCAGAGUCUGAACAGACGGCAACUAUAAAUACCUUCAUCUGCCCACAGUGUGGAAAGAGUUUCGCCAAAAAAAGAAACCUUAGGGAGCACAUGAGCGUUCAUAGCGGGAAGAAACCUUUCAGCUGCAAACAGUGUGGACGCAGUUUUGCUCAAAGGGGAAACAUUAAGAGGCACAUGAUGGUUCACACCGGAGAGAAACCGUACGCAUGCAAACUGUGUGAGAAGAGCUUCACAACUGACCUAAACCUGAAGUAUCACAUCAGCAGUCACACUGGAGAGAAACCGUUCCUAUGUGGCGAUUGUGGAAAGACUUUUAGAUACAAAGCACCUUUUAAAAAACAUAUGGCGUCUCACUUAAAGCAGAACGGAUUUAAGUGUCAUCAGUGUGGACGCAGUUUCACAGACCAGGGAAGUCUUGGGAGUCAUGUACAAACUCACACUGGAGAAAACCCAUUCAUGUGCGAUCACUGUGGGAAGACUUUCUCCAACAAAACAAACCUCCAGGUUCACACGAGAGUUCACACGGGAGAGAAGCCGUUCAGCUGCCCUCAGUGUGAAAAAAGCUUCAGAUUCAUCGGAAACCUUCAGACUCACAUGAGAGUUCACUCGGAAGAGAAGCCUUUCACCUGCCCGUAUUGUGAAAAAGGUUUCAGGUUUUUUGGAAACCUUCAGACUCAUGUUCGAAUUCACACCGAAGAGAGGGCUUCUGCACUGUGAUAAGAGUUACAAAAAUUAAAGAGACCUUAAGUGGAAUCAGCAAAGUCAUUCUGGAGAGACUUUGCCAUAUUUCUCAAUGUAACUGUCAUCAGAAUAAGGAAGAACACCUACAGAUACACCUUAGAGAACCAUAUAUCCUUGAGACCAUGCUUGAAUACUUUGUGUGACAUUUUAUAUGGCUGUGCAGUGUAAGAUGUUUUUGAGUUACAAUGAUGUAUGGUUCCACUAGAGCUCAACGCCACAGAUCUAAAUGAAGUUCAUUUAUAAACUAAUUUCGAGAGGAUCAUGUGCUUAUGAUUGUUCAUGGCUGGUCCUGCAUCAGAUAACCAGAGUUUCUCAUCUCAGUAUCUUCGUUUUGAAGAAUACUCCCUACCCACCCCUACUCCCCCUUCUUUCUAGAUGGGUGCCAAGGCAGCCCAGUGAUUAGCACUGUUGCCUCACAGCAAGAAUACCUCUGGGUAAAGUCCCUACUAAACCUGUAGACAUUUCUGUGCGGAGUUUGCUCAUUCUCCCCGUUCUCGUGUGUGUUCUCCCCGAGUUCUCCGGCUUCCACAGUCCAAAAAACACGCAAUCUAAGUAAACUUGAACCAUACCAAAUUGACACCAUAAUCAAGCGCUUAGCAAGCCGUAUAUCUCUGCUUAGCCAUCCCUAUAUCUGUCAUUAGCCAGAAAUAAGUCAGGGGAGUUCAUCGAGAUCUACCUGAGCUCAAACUCCCCUCUCACCCUGCUAACGGGAGGGAGUCCAAGGCUUGAGAAUCUCAUGAGCUCAGGGCCCUCUCCCGGGACAGCAUGCCAAACUAGCUUUAUCAUCAAUCAUCAGCUAAGUGUGAACUCUUGAAAACAAGAUGUGGGAAGAUUGUCAACACGCCACAUAAAUGUAUACGUGAAGAAAGAAGGUGUACAGUAUUAUUCGUAUAUGUUCGUAAAAUAAAAUGUCGUGUUCUCAAAUCAAACUGUAUUAAUGCAUUCUAUUACACCAAAUAAUGUUUUUAGCAACGUCAUAUGACUUCUUUAAAGCUCUGGUAUAUUUCAAACAAAGCUUGUUUUUGUUCUUCAUUUGACAACAAAAAGAAAGGCUGAGUGACGGUAUACUGGUGGUGACCAAGUCCUAAAAGGUCUUCUGGUGUGACCUUUAACAAGUAUUUAGUAUCUCUCCGCAAGCGAUUGCACAGGUGCAGAUACAUCUGUACCAGCUCUGCUAUUUGACUCUCUAGUAUUCAUGGCUCUAGUUUUGUUCUUGUGGAUGUUGUUCUCCUGUCUGACCCUCAUGGAAUGAAAAACGAAUCGGAGGAAGAAAUCACACAUCAGAGAAGACCGAGUUUUAGAACUUUGUGUAAUGGUCUCGGACCAAUGGCAGCUCGACAGUGUUUAGGAGACAAAACAAACUCCCACAAACAGUUUGCUUUAGUGAGCCGUUACAAACUACUGAAACAAACUCAAAAACGAAUGUCAUUUUGGCUGGAUUUUUUUAGAAAUUAAGUCAUUUCUGUUUGUUCGUUGAUGUCGUUUAAAGUAUGCCAGAACCUUUAGGAUUAGGAUUUGUUAUCUGUAUGUGACAAUGCCAAACCAUUAAAAGUUGAAACAGUAUGGAAAACACAAAUAAAAAGAAAGAAGUGAUUUUAAAAA